CUUAGAUAAUGCAUCCCACAGCUCUGACCCGUCACGCCGGAGCACCAGAGCGGAGCAUCUUAUUGUGUACAACUUUUGACUUCACCCGACGAUCCACGAAUCACCGUAAAGUCCUCAUCCUCAUUAGAUACAUACACAAGAUAUAUAAACCCUUCCUUAAUGUACACACAAUACACAAUACGCAAUACACAACAAUACAUACGAUACACCGAAUUUCACCCCUAAUUACCAUUCUUUUAUUUUUAAACUAACUAAACACUGUACAAUACAUUAAAUUCAUAUCCAUAGAACUGUGACCAUAAGUCUGCCCAGGAUGGACCAACCGAAUCAGCAAAUACAAUCUGAGCUAGAGAGCUUUAGAGAACAGUGGCGGGCCGAAGUCUCGGCUAGAUCAAGAAACGCUGCUAGCUCUCAUCAUCAUCAGCAGCAGCAGCAGCAACAGCAACAGCAACAGCAACAGCAACAGCAACAGCAGAGGACAACCUCAACUCAAGGGGGAUCCUCUUCCACUACUUCCACUAUAACUACUAAUAGACCUCCUCCGAGGAGAAAUGAAUUUACGCAUAGAAAGUCAGCUUCAAAGAAUAGCCAUCAACUAGAAGAUGAGGAAGAAUACUAUCAGGCCCAGCACUUUGAUGAGCUAGAUAGUAGUAAAUCCCUAACAGGGCAGAAGCCCGGCCGUCACGAUGGUGACUCUACUAAGGAUAGAGACCAAGAACCCCAGACCGCAUUAGACUUCUACGAGAAAGCUGUCGAGAGAGAAGCCAGCGGCAAACUGGGAGAUAGUCUGCAGCUCUAUCGAAAGGCCUUCCGCAUGGAUGACAAUGUCGAUCAGUCGUAUCGUAACAAGCACUUCCCCGGCCGCUGGUCAAAGCCAGGCCAGAUCAAUCCGUCUAACGCGUCCGUGGCCGUCCCUAACACCGCCCAUCACUCCCUAGAUGGUGGAGCACCUGCAUUAUCCCUGCCAGACCUUAUCACCAGCUUUUCCAGCCUCAAAAUUGAGGGAGCACCACCAGAAUGCGAGGGCGUGGCAGCACCUCCGUGUCCUAUUUCUGAGUUACCUGACGAGAUCCUCGUCCAUAUUCUACGAGACGUCGCCAUCGCCGAUGUGGGUGAUUUCGUACGCCUGGCUCGGGUCUGUAAGCGGUUGGCUUAUUUAGUAGCCACCGAAGACCAAAUCUGGAGGCGGGUUUGUCUAGGCUCCGAAUUUGGCUUCGGAGGGAUGCACUACCACUGGCAAAAAGGCAUUAGCUGGGAGCCCUUGGAUGUAGCACAGGAGCUCGCCGAUUCCGACGACAUUUUCACUCUAGAGGAAUUAGCCCGUCAGCGACAAGAGGAGAGCCGAGCAACUACCAAUCUGUUACUUCGUGGACUCUAUGCAUCAUCCUGGCUGACAAUGUUCCGACGACGCCCAAGAGUGCGGUUUAACGGGUGCUAUAUCAGCACAGUUAACUAUAUCCGCCCUGGGCAAGCAUCGGCACAUCAGGUCACAUGGAAUAGCCCUGUCCACAUCGUGACUUACUACCGAUAUUUACGGCUUUUCCGUGACGGUACCGCCAUCAGCCUGCUGACUACUGAUGAGCCCACCCACGUUGUACACCACUUGACACGUGAUAACGUGACUUUGCAUCGCGGCGGCUCUGGGCCUCAUUAUCUACCCUCCGCUGUCAUGAGGGCAGCGCUGAAAGGGCGUUGGCGCUUGUCUUCGGCGGCAGAUAAAAAAGACGAUGAAAACACCAGCAGCGUCGGUAAUGUAGGGGUGAGCCUAGUUGAUAGAGAAGGUGAUCUGUACGUCGAGACAGAGGGCGUAGGGAAGUAUAUGUACCGUAUGGAAUUGACAUUCUGGGGUACGGGCAAGACGUCUAAUGUACACAAAAAUAAUAAUAACCGACUUACGUGGAAGGGCUUCUGGAGCUACAAUAGGCAGACAGAUGACUGGGCUGAGUUCCCGCUUAAAAACGGCAAGCCUUUCUUCUUCAGCCGAGUAAGGAGUUAUGGGACGGGUGAAUAGGGGUUAAGGGUUAGGUACCUAGGUAGAUGUUUACUUAUGAGCAUCAAAAUUCUAUACGCUUCAGCUUUAGGGUUUGUUUGGCCUUUUUGUCGUAUAGUAGAGGUAUAAAUGACCCUGGCGUUGAUAUGGGUUAAAUAGGGGUGUUGAAUUAUAGAGCAUUCGCAUGUAGCAUAGGAGGUAGACGAUUAUCAGAGUGUGUAUGCUGAACGAGCUGGUUCAUUC